GAGGAUGAGAGAGAAAAUAAAGAGAGAGAGGAUAUGAGAGAAAAUAGAGAGAGAGAGAGAGGGGAAUGAGAAGUAUAUCUGACAUGGUGGGGUUUGAGCUUCUCUGACGGCCCCUGAGAAAGUUGCCAUUUGAGGAGGAUACAAUGAAUGUGAAUUGAGUGCCACGCUCCUUAGAGAACCCAAUAUCCCAUUUCGGGAUAGCGAUUUCACACAAUCAAAUCUCAUAUAUUCUCUCUCUAGACUCUAGAGAGAGAGAGAGAGAGAACCCAUUUCCCAUUUUCGGUAGAGGUUUCUCAGGACCCGUGUCCUCUCCCUAAACGAGAGAGAAGAGAUGAGUUGCAGAAGAUCCAUCAUUCUAGAGAGAGAGAGAGAGAUAUAGAGGAGGGAGGGCUGAGAAUUCAUCCUUUUAGAGAGAGAGACGGGGGUUGAGCCCUCACCCCCUUCUCUCAUACACAAUUCCCUCUAAAAAUCUAGAGAGAGAGAGAGUAUUCCAGAGCACGAGAGUUUGGGAGCACCCACGGCCCGAGAGAGAAUUGUAGAGAGAGAAAGAUGCAUGGAGGCAACCACUGGGGUGGCUCCUUCGAGAUCCAUGGCGACUCUGCCACGGAUGACGAAAGGAGCCGGAACAUGGACAUAGACCGAGCGGCUCUCUCCCAUCACAGUCAUAGCCAGAACCUCGACGAGACCCAGCAGAGCUGGCUGCUCGGGCCGAGCGAGCCCAAGAAGAACAAGUACAUCGACCUCGGCUGCGUCGUCUGCAGCCGGAAGGCCUUCCGGUACAGCGUAUGGACGGUGGUGAUCGCGCUCGUCGUGAUCGUGCUUCCGAUCGUGAUCGUCAAAUCUUUGCCCAAGCACCAUCCCAAGCCCCCCAAGCCUGAUAAUUACACACUUGCUCUCCACAAGGCCCUCAUGUUCUUCAAUGCUCAAAAAUCGGGGCGCCUACCAAGGAGCAACGGUGUACCAUGGCGCCACGACUCCGGACUACAGGAUGGAUCAGAUGCGAAAGACGUGAAGGGUGGUCUGGUCGGAGGCUACUAUGAUGCCGGAGAUAACAUAAAGUUUGGUUUCCCAAUGGCCUUCUCGAUGAGCAUGCUCGGGUGGACCGUGGUCGAAUAUGCUCACAAGUACAAGGCGAUUGGGGAGUACGAUCAUGUGCGUGAGCUCAUUCGGUGGGGCACAGACUACAUACUCCAGACCUUCAACUCAUCCUCCAAUAACAUCAACCACAUCUAUAGUCAGGUUGGCAGUGCACGCAAUGGCUCCACCACGCCGGACGACCACUACUGCUGGGAGCGCCCCGAGGACAUGGAUUACCCUCGCCGCAGCCUCGCUUCCAGCUCUGCUCCGGACCUUGGCGCUGAGAUGGCUGCGGCCCUUUCUGCUGCCUCCAUUGUCUUCCGUGAUGACCCCGUAUACUCUGAGCGCCUCUCUCAUGCCGCCGAGACUGUCUUCAAGUUCGCACGGGACCAAGGGCAUCGAAACCGAUAUAGCGCCGGGAACCCCGACAUAGAGCCCUUCUACAACUCGACCGAUUACUUUGAUGAACACAUGUGGGGUGCAGCUUGGCUUUACUACGCGACCGGUAACUCAUCGUAUUUGGCACUCGCGACGAACCCAGGAAUCGCGAGGAAUGCACACAACGCCGAUGGGGGGCCUGACAAGGGUGUCCUGAGCUGGGAUAACAAGAUUCCCGCGGCGCAGCUGCUUCUGUUGAGGCUGAGGAUGUUCUUGAAUCCGGGGUACCCAUAUGAGGAGAUGCUGAAGAGCUACAGUAACAUCACUGGCUUGUACAUGUGCUCUUACCUUAAAAGGUUCAAUGUCUUCAACUUCACACAAGGUGGUUUGAUCCAACUCAAUCAUGGCCGGCCGCAAACCUUACAAUAUGCGGCAAAUGCGGCUUUCUUAGCAAACCUCUAUGCAGACUACAUGAAUGCAACCGGCGUCCCAGGGUGGUUUUGCGGGCCAUAUUAUUUCUCUGCGAUUGUUCUUCGACAAUUUGCCCAAUCUCAGAUUAAUUAUAUUUUAGGGGACAACCCGAGGAAGAUGAGCUAUGUAGUAGGCUAUGGCUCGAACUACCCGAAGCACGUGCACCAUCGGGGGGCCUCCAUCCCAAACAACCAGAAAACCACAUGCACUGGAGGUUGGAAAUGGAGAGAUUCAAACAACCCGAACCCAAACACUAUCACAGGGGCCAUGGUUGGAGGGCCUGAUCGAUUUGAUCAGUUUAGAGAUGUACGCUCUAAUUACAACUACACAGAGCCAACUCUAGCUGGAAACGCUGGCCUUGUGGCAGCUCUCAUCUCGCUUACAGGUAGUGGAGGAGGAGGCAUCGACACCAACAAAAUUUUCUCAGGGAUUCCUCCAUUGUUUCCUGUGUCUCCUCCUCCACCUCCUCCUUGGAAGCCAUGAGAUGCUUCUUUGGGGGGAUUGUCAAGUAAUUUGUCGCAAAAUUCCACAUUGCUGCGAAGACGGGUACAUCCUUUGUCUGUGACUGUGAUUGUCCCUUGAUCUCCUAUGAUACUGUAGAGAUGCUAUAUUGGAGUGUCUAUAGGUGCCCUGCUUUUCCCUAGUUACAUAAGAUGGAUGAAUUUAACAACCCUUCCAGCACCUCCUGUGAUGUUUUGGUGGUGGGGGAGGGCGGAACAAAUGCCUCAUGUUUUCCCCUUUACAUAAGGUAGCUGAAUUUGGUGAGUCCACAACUGUCCUUCUACCCCCUUUCUUGCUGUUCCAGGGAGCUUUAAGGUGCUGAACUGUUUAAGGAAUCCCCUCUGCUCCAUUAUGUAUUUUUACUUUGGGAAGCUGGUGUUGGAGUGCCUACAAAUGGCUCCUCUUCCCCUGGUUACAUAGAAGUCUAGAUUGUAAUUGUUACCAGUAGUUAAUGUAUUUAGGAUUUUGUUAGAAAUUGAACUUAUAAUUGCUUUUUGAGUGAAAUAUGAUUGUUUUUACCUUGUGAGGUUCA